AGGGGAUCGAGGGGAGAAUUAUUGGGGAUUUGUUUAUGAAUUUGUGAAGUUCUAUGAAUUGUUGUGCUCUUUGUGCUCCUCCCCUGUUCCAGUCUCCUUGGAUUCCGGUACUGUGGAAAAAGUUGGUAGCUUUAUUAGAAUCUGGUCAGAGAUGGGGUAACCGUUGAAGGGUAUUGCUUGCUUUUAAGUUUGUGGUUCUGGGUUGUGGGACUACUUCAGUAAACGGUCUUAUUGCUCUGAUAGGAACUAUUACUGCUGCUCUUCUGGGUUUUGGAUCUGUAGAUUUUGCCCGACUUUAGAAUUUGGAGUCUGGUUGUCCCAGCAAUUCAUGUGAAAGGUUUCAAAUUGGUUUGUGCUUUAUCUGUUUUGAGAAUUUUGUGCUAAUUAAGCUUGUAUUUGAUGAUUUCUCUUAUAAUUUGUUGUUCUUGGGUGGGGGUUUAGGUUUUGAAGCUAUUCAUUUGGAGGUCAGAUCGCUUUUUUUAAUUUCUAAGCUUAACUAUUCAGCAAAUUUUGUGUGAAGUAUGGUUGGAUUAUGAAUUAGUAGGUGGGUUCUAAGUUUUAGUAUAUGGACUAAUUCUGUUGGGUGAUUCUGGGGUAUGUGAAUUUAUCUUUGCUUCUUUGGUAGCUUUAGGAAACUGUCUUUCCUGUUAGGAUUUCUGUUUUUCAAUUUUGGUUCAAUUCAGAUUGUGAAUGCUUGGAAAUUUCCAAGCAUUUAGUUUAGCAUAUAGUUUUGGGAUUGAUUCUUAUAUUCAGUUUUGUCUUCAAGUAAUCAUCCCCAUCCUACAUAAAAGAAGGUCCAAUAUCUUCUUGCUGUUAUGGAUUCUCCACAGUCAGUUGUGUCUCCAUUCAAGUCCUCUCUUGUCGCUGAGCCUGAGAGGCAGAAGUCAGAUUUCUUCACCAGGACUACUAACUUGUCAAAGGGAAUUGAUGCCCCUAGAAAGGAAGCCAUGGUUAAUGGUGUGGAGGACUUCAUUGGUGUUCUGGAUGUUUAUAUCUAUCAAGCGAGGGACAUCCAUAACAUCUGCAUAUACCACAAGCAAGAUGUUUAUGCCAAGCUGUGCCUAACUAGCGAUCCAGAAAAUGCAGUCUCCACAAAGAUCAUCAAUGGUGGUGGUAGGAAUCCGGUCUUCGAUGAUAAUGUUCGCCUGAACGUGAAAACUGUUGACUCCUCCCUCAAAUGUGAGAUUUACAUGAUGAGCCGGGUGAGGAAUUACCUUGAAGACCAGCUUCUUGGUUUUGCUUUGGUGCCAUUAUCUGAUGUGGUCAUCAAGGAUGGAAAGUUGGAGAAGGAAUUCUCUCUUUCGUCAACUGAUUUGUUCCACUCUCCAGCCGGUUUUGUUCAGCUGUCUCUUGCAUAUAAUGGGACUUCACCAGAAGUAAUGGCAAUUCCUGCAUUGCCAAGAGCUGUGGGAAACAAGGAAACUAUGCAGGACACUGAGAUGCCAAGGUCACUUUCUUGUGAAUUUGAGAAUAUUGAGUUCCCAGAUCCGAAGGUUGUGAAUGAAAACCAGAUGAUGGUUUCUGAGUAUUUUGGGAUCCCAUGCACAAAUUUCGAAUCAGAGAGCUCUGAGAGCCUGGACACUUCUGAUGCUGAGAAUCAUCGUAGUUCAGAAGCCAGUGCUCAUGUGCUCGAAAGCUUUUCAGCUGCUUCUACUGACUCUCUCCAGGCUCCAAAGCUUGAUUCUCCACCAAGCAGUGUGUCAACUAAUGGGGUUUCUUUUCCUUCUGCUGCGGCAAGCUCUGAGUCCUCAGAUACUCAAGCAGCUUCAAGAUCCCCAGCUAAGGAGCAUGUUUCAGAUCCAAAAGAGAAAAAAAUGGAUGCUGGAGAUGGUGAGAGUAAUUCCCCCAAUGGGGUGGCAAAAGAGAAAAUUCCAAAGCCUGUUAUUACUGUCAAUAUUGAGCCCGAGCAGAAUGUGGUGCAGCAGGACAUAGUCGACAUGUACAUGAAAAGCAUGCAGCAAUUCACUGAGUCAUUGGCCAAGAUGAAACUUCCUUUGGACAUUGACAGUGGACCAGCUAGUUCCGGGGAUUCAAGCUCUGAUCAGAAAUCACAGGGAUCAAAAACUCCCGGUUCUCGUGUGUUUUACGGGAGCAGGGCUUUCUUCUAAUGUUUUCUCUAUCAAUUGUUUAAGAGGAAGACACCCAGGUGACUUUAGAUUGUAGAUCAAGACUAAUGCUAAUAAUGUACUAUCAUGCAACGUGGUCCUUUGUUUACAUGUUGAGAAUGUUUAGAUGGGGGGGGGGGGGGGGGGG